UUCGAUUGACACCACCUACAACUUGAUAAGCGAUUAUUUACAUCUCGAUUUGUUCGAAUUUUUCUCCUCUAUCUUGUCACAACAUAUAACAGAUGACGGGCAACGCAUUUCACAACUAAAUCCGAUUAAUGGGUGAAAAAUCCUUGAACUGCAUGUAUGUUGUGAGAGUUACAGUUUUUGCCCGGUAGAUACAACCCGAAGGAAACAGCGAUAAACAUGAGCGAAUCACAGCGGCCCGACAUUGGCGAGGCGGAGCAGUGCGAGCCGGGAAGUUGCCAGGAGAGUAUGCUAAUCACAACCGAUUCGAUCGAAGAAUUUUCCCAAGAAAUUAGCACGAGCCUGGUGGAAGGAAGCGGUGACCCAAACGGGGUAGAUGUGGUUAGUGAUGGCAAGAAAUCGGUUGAUGAAACGACAAGUGGAAACAUUACGAAAAUUCAAGAUGGACUGAACGUCGAUAAGGACAGCGAUGGGGCGAUGAGCAAGUCCAGCUCGUUCAGCAGUGCCAAGAGCAGAGAUUUGACGGCAUCUUGCACUAGUUUGGCUGAGGAAGGCACAACGGUCGGCACUAGUCCGCCGGGUGGCGAUGAAAGCAACGAAUCGGAAGAUUAUCUGCACGAUCCAAACUUCCUGAAGAAAAAGAGACAUGUUUUUAUUCUCAGCUCGGCGGGAAAACCGAUCUAUUCGAUGCACGGGAAUGAGGACAAGCUUGCCACACUUUUUGGAGUGAUGCAGGCAUUGGUUAGUUUUGUGCAGAGCAAUAAUGACUCGAUCAAAUCGAUUCAUGCAAUGGGCGUAAAGUUUGUAUUUCUUGUGAAAUCGCCCUUGAUAAUGGUGGCAAUUUCGAGGACGAAUCACAGCGUGCAACAGAUUCAGCUUCAGUUGACCGAUGUUUACAACCAAAUUCUAUCGACACUCACUUUAGUGCAUGUACAGAAGACCUUCGAGAAACGAAAGAACUUUGACCUGCGACGUUUACUGGCUGGAAGCGAAAGACUUAUUGAUCAUCUGCUUGUCAACGACAAGUGCGAUCAUCGGCUGGUGUCGAACAAUCCUUUCAGCUUCAUGACACAUUCCGUGCGGAUACUGCCGAUGCAAUCCAGCGUGCGGGACACCAUCAUCGGAGCCAUCCAGUCUAACUGCUCCAAAAUUAAGAAUCUUGUGUUCGCAGUAUUAAUCGCAAACAACAAACUGAUUGCGCUGGUUAGAAUGAAGAAAUACUUCAUUCAUCCGGCUGACUUGCGAAUACUGUUCAAUCUAAUCGAAUGUUCGGAGAGCUUCAAAUCGGCCGAAAGCUGGACACCCAUUUGUCUGCCCAAGUUUGACUCCAGUGGUUUCCUGCAUGCCCACGUGUCCUAUUUAGCGGACGACUGCCAAGCUUGUCUGUUACUUCUGUCCAUUGAGAGAGACGUGUUUUUUGUACUGUCUGAGGCGAAACGGAAAAUAACUGAUAAACUUCGUCGAUCCAACUGCUUGGAAGCAAUUAACGAUGCGAUGAACAGUAGGGGUAUCAAACUGCAAAACAUUGGCAUACCAGAAAUUCGACAUUUCAUUUACAAAAGCAAAUCGAAUGCGCAGCUGUUAUGUUCCGAGCUGACAAUGCCAUACUCGAGCAUUGGCCAAUUCAAACGACUGGAAGGCAUGUAUUUCGAGCUGCACCAUCGGAUACACAACUCGGGCCGGCCCGUGAAACUUAUCUAUCAAAUGCAGGAGAAGGAGAUCUUGCUGGCAUGGGUUACCCAAGCUUAUGAACUGUUUGCCACCUUCGAACCAACCGUGCAUCGGAACGACGUGAUAAAUCUGGUGAACAAGCUGCUGAAGUGGAUCAAAAAGGAAGAAAACAAUUUAUUCAUCCUGUCCGCUCCGACGUUCUAGAACAUGUCCUGCUUUUUCCCCGCGUUUCCAUCCUUUUCAUUCUCCGUUCAUCCGAACGGUAGGGGCGAAUCGGAUUGAAACGGGGAAAAGCUGUAAGGGUUUGAAGAAGUUCGUUGAAAACAAAUUUUUAUUGACUGGAUUAAGAAGUUAAGAUAACGGACCUUGAACAGUUAUUUAUUGAUGACAGAGACUGGCUGCUCUGUCGCACGACGAUGGUUAACACUGAUAAGGCUAAAAGCUAACGAUGACGUACGAGUGCUCUGGGCGAUGGACUCAGUGCGGUUGAUGGUAAAUAUGUUCCACUGUACAUAGAUGUUACAUUGAUAACUGUGGAUUUUCGCGAAUUAAGAAUUUGAAAUAUAGUUAAGUAUUGUAUAACAAAUAGAAUGGCAAGAAAAGUAAGAUUUCAAAAGUAAAAAAAAAUGUUUCGAUUCUUAAGAAUAGUAAAA